CUGGGUUCGAUUCCCGACGGGCCCGCCGCCCCCGCCCCAACAGCCCCAGCUCUUCUUCGGCAGCCAACGCGUCCGCAGGAUGGGCACAGGAGAUCGUCUGCUCGACAUCCCGUGCAAAGUCUGCGGCGACCGCAGCUCCGGAAAGCACUACGGCAUCUACAGCUGCGACGGUUGCUCGGGCUUCUUCAAGCGCAGCAUCCACCGCAACAGGGUGUACACGUGCAAGGCGCAGGGCGAGCUCAAGGGCCGCUGUCCCAUCGACAAGACGCACCGCAACCAGUGCAGGGCCUGCAGGCUCAAAAAGUGCUUCGACGCCCUCAUGAACAAGGAUGGCUCGUGGAAUUUUGCAGCGGUGCAGCACGAGCGCGGCCCCCGCAAGCCGAAAAACAAGACGGAGGCCGCAGGCAUGGGCGGAGGCGGCAUGCUCUCGCCGCUGCCCCCGGAGGCCAGCAAGAUGCCGCUCGUGUUCCACGCGCCGCCGCCGCAUCCGCCGCCUCUGCCCCUUGGCGGGGGACACCUGCCGGCGCUGCCUCCCAACAAGCCGGAGGUCUCACUGCCCAGCCCGGAGGCCACCUACCCGGGGGCCGCGCCGCCCCUUUUCAUGCCGCAGCCACCAGGACUCCUCCAGAUUUUGGUCUCGGCGGAAAAGUGUCAGGAGUACAUCUGGAGCGCGAAGGGGGUGCCUGCGGCGAGCGAGUCUGCCGAGCGGAUGGGCCUGCUGCACCCGAGCCCCCUGCCACUGCCCCUGACGCCCACCUGGGAAGUGCUUCAGGAAACGACAGCUCGGCUGUUGUUCAUGGCUGUGCGGUGGGUGCGUUGUCUGGCGCCGUUUCAGACCCUUUCAAAAAGAGACCAGCUGCUGCUGUUGCAAGAGUCGUGGAAAGAGCUGUUUCUGCUGCAUCUGGCGCAGUGGUCCAUUCCGUGGGACCUGUCCGCGCUGCUCAAUUGCAGCAAGGCGAGGGAGCGCAUCCCCAACGACGAACUCACCAACAUCGAACUCAACACGAUCCAGGAAAUUUUGGGACGAUUUCGACAGUUGUCACCGGACGGCAGUGAGUGCGGAUGCAUGAAGGCGGUCAUUCUUUUCACCCCAGAAACGCCUGGGCUGUGUGACGUGCGUCCGGUGGAGAUGCUGCAGGACCAGGCGCAGUGCAUCUUGGGCGACUACGUGCGCGGCCGGUACCCGCGGCAGCCGACGCGCUUCGGCCGGCUGCUGCUGCUGCUGCCGAGCCUGCGGGCCGUGCGGGCCUCUACCAUCGAGCAGCUCUUCUUCCGCGACACCAUCGGCGAGAUCCCCAUCCAGCGCCUGCUCGGCGACAUGUACCACAUGGAGAAGUACUCGUGAAUCCAACGCUGAUAUAUAAUGUGUGUUGAGGACGAGCCUCGUCACUCUUUUUGUAAAUAACAUUAAUUAUAUAUAUAAAUAUGAAGAGCACGCAUGUUGUAAAAAUGCACUGUUUGACGUAAAUCAUCCUCGGCAGGAUCUAAACCAGCUGGUGGCUCCCUGUUGGCGCAAUAGGGUAUCGGAUUUUGAUGAAAAUUAGGAAAUUUAGUGCUGCCCUAAAAUUAUAGGUCAGAUUUACGAGUUGGCAGGGUUGCAAAAAUCCCGCUUAAAAAAAUGCAACGCUGUUUAGAAUUUUUUA